AUGAAAGCCGCUCUCUCCCUCCCGGCCUUUGCGGCCCUGGCCAUGGCGGGUCCUCUGGUUCCCCGCCAGGAUAUCGACUUCGUUCUCGUCGAAGACGCACCAGAUCCAACCCUGGUGAUGGUACCCGUCGGACCGACGGCUCAGUCAGUCACAUAUGACUUAGCCGCCGCCACUCGAUCUGCCACCGCCAACCCGCUGCCGGUCGAAGCUGUGGAGAAGCGAGGUGCUACCUUGGUAGCCAGGUCACCCUGCCAGCCUCAACCUUCUGGUUCUGGCCCGAGAGUCUCACCAGAUACCGAUAACGCCUUUCUAUCAUCGACUGAGCUCUCGUCCAUCGCUGCCGCUGCCCCGAUUCCCACUGAUUACAGCAGAAUGUUCGUCAACUUGCAUGCCAGCAGUAGUGCUUAUGGUUAUCAGGGGUUUACGACUCUUGAGUCGUAUGAUACAAACCUUUGUGCAGCCAAGUGUAACGACAUUCUUGGAUGCUUUGGCUUCAACAUCUACUUUGAACGAGACCCUUCGGUUGAGCCUGCUGCGAGUUGCCCAAACCCCUCCUCGACUACGGUUAUCAAGUGCGUCUUUUGGGGCGGUCUUGUUGCUGCGGAGAAUGCGAGGAAUGAUGGACAGUGGCGCAACAAUUUCCACGUUGUGAUCUCCGGAUCUAACGGCUAUAUGCGGACUACUGUUCCCACUAUUACCGGAUUUAACGGCCAAUAUCUCGGAAACGCCUCGAUCAAUGCCCCUAAUGACUGCAAUGGGAAGGACACUUACAUGGGCUCCAAGAUCUUCACCACUACUUCUUUCGACCCCAGGUUGUGCAGCGCUGCGUGCAAAUCGCAGAAUGACUACAACACCGCCCACCCCCCUCAAAACGGUAGGCCCAAAAUCUGCAAGUUUCUCACUACAUACGUCGUGGCCGUCAAUGGUAGACCCGAGGGCCAGUACUGCGCCAUGUACACACAACCCUGGGAUAGUUCGUACGCUACCAACUUUGGUCAAUGGCGUGGAAACGAUCAGUACACCGUGGGCUUGGCAUUCUCUUACUCCAACAUCAGCUCGCCUGGUCUGCCGGUUUGCCCAAAUGACAUCGACUACCUAAGGUCUCAGGGGUCUGAGUUUUGCACUUCCUACGUGUCUUAUUCGGCUCCCACCUCGACAGUAACGGCACCGGCCACUACCUACACCACCCAGACUAUAACCUCAAGUGUGACUUCCGUUACUACCACGACUCGGACGUCUACCAUCACGUAA